AUGAGCGGAGCGCCCUGCGCUGACGUAUGCAGGGUUUCUUUUCUCAUAAAAGAUGAUGGGAUCGAAUUUCCAAUGAUUACGCUGUGCAACUUUAAUCCGAUUAAGAAAUCCUACAUCAGAUAUCUGAAUAGAACGGGUGAUUUUUCUGACGAUCUACUGGAUUACCUCAUGGAAUUUCUUAUCGAUGCUAAUACACUUUAUGGAACAGCUGAUCGUGAAACUUUGCAUGUAGGUCAAAAAGCGCUUGAUGCGUAUCAAAUUCUCCAUCCAAACUUCACCGUGCUGGAUUUUUUCAUGAAAGCUGGAUUCUCUUGUGAGGAGACAAUGAUGCUCUGUUCGUUUGGAGGGCGACAAUUCAAUUGUUGUCAAUAUAUGUCUGCAAUUCUAACGAAUUUAGGAAAAUGUUUCACUUUGGACAUGCACGGAUCUGGAAAGGAUUGGAUGCAAAAACAGAUGGAAGCUGGAGUAACUGCAGGUUUGCAAAUCAUUUUGGAUGCGCAUCUCGAGGAGCAGUUCGAUGGAACAGGAGGUGGCAACUUCUAA